AUGAAGAUUGGUGAGCGGCGCUGUUUGACAUUGGAUAGCUCCAACCCAUUGUUUGGAUUCUACGAUGAAAGCAGGCGGAUAUCUGUGCCGGCGUCCGAAUUUUCCACUGCUGACAUCGGCACAGUCGUAUCAUUGGAGGGGUAUGGAGCAGGGAUGGGACUUGUUCUGGAGCGCGAUGCUCAGACGCUGCUGGUUGACCAAAACCAUCCGCUGGCUGGCAAAAGCGUUAAUGUCACUCUGACCCUUUUGAGAUGCGAGAAGGUUCCUCCCCGCGAUGUUCGCGUCAUGUCUUUGGUAGGAGGCGAUGGCCAGACAUUUCCUGCCUAUGGUGAUUGGUUGACACUGAACUACGAGCUGCGUCUUGCAGGCUCGACGAGAAUUAUCGACAGCACAGAUGUGGGUCCACUGGAGUACCACCUGGGUUUUGACCAAGCGAGACUUGUGCCUGGUUUCGAAAUAGGCGUUCAGCAAAUGUCGCUUGGAGAGGUCGCCUCCAUACACGUUCCAUCCCAGUUGGCCUAUGGAAGCAAGGGUUCAGACAAAGCGAUCCCUGCGAAUGCGGAUCUUGUUUACAAAGUGGCACUACUUGGCAUAAGGUCUGAGCUGGAUCUGGCUUUCUGA